AUGCUUUCACGCUAUAUCCUCCCGGCUGCUGCCUUUUUUGGCCUCGCCGUCGCUCAAACAACCUCCGACUGCAACCCUCUCAACGAGACCGACUGUGCCCCCAACCCAGCCUGGGGAACGGAAUACACCUGGAGCUUCAACGACACGCCCUCAAGCGAUUUUUGGGAUGGCCACGUCGGCCGCGUGACCUACGACAAGGAGCUCGGCGCCACCUUCACUGUCGCUAAGCAAGGCGACUCACCUACUCUGCGCACCAACUUUUACUUCUUCUUUGGCCGUACAGAGCUGCACAUGAAGGCCGCUCCCGGCCAAGGCAUCAUCAGUUCCAUGAUGUGGCUGAGCGAUGACCUCGAUGAAGUAGACUGGGAGAUUCUCGGCGCAAAUGAUACUCAUGCUUCGACAAACUACUACGGAAAGGGUGUGGAGGAUUUCACAAAGGCGGGUUGGCACUUUGUUGAAGGGGGUAUGCAGGAGGAGUAUGUCAACUACACGACGACGUGGACCAAGGAGGAGCUUAACUGGUACAUUAACGGAGAGAAUGUGCGAAAGGUUAUUGCAAAGGAUGAUAUCGAUAGCUACCCCCAAACACCCAUGAGACUUUCCAUUGGUAUCUGGGCUGCUGGUGAUCCUCGAAUGCCUGAGGGAACACGUCAAUGGGCUGGUGGUGACACCGAUUACGAAAAGGGUCCUUACUCUAUGCACGUCAAGGACGUCACAGUUGAAGACUACAGCACCGGAAAGGAGUAUGUCUACGGCGACAAGACCGGUAGCUGGGAAUCCAUCGAGAUUGUCAAGGGCAACUCAACCGCCUACGAGAACCUCCACAAGGAACCCGAAAAGUCCACAGGCGAGAAAUGGGAAGCUCUCCCCACAGGCGCAAAGACAGGCAUCUACGCCGGUGGCAUCGGCGCCGCAGCCAUCGGUCUCGGAGCUUUGGGCUUCUACUUCUGGCGCCAGCGCGCCGCCGGUGCGACCGAAGCCAAGAAAGCAGCCGCCGAGAAUGAAGAUCUCAUGUCGUACAAACAGGGUGAGGAUACAGCAAACCAGGGCUUUGAGUACAGCGCAGCCAAGUACUCCAAGGUACCAGCCCAAGCUGCUCCUUAG